AUGGAGACUGGCACCUGUUCAUACCCAGCAACAGGGAUUUUCGACGAGAUUCCAUGGAUGUCUAUGCCACCAGCUUACUACACUUACCCCGUACCGGGCGGUGGGCAAUCCGGAUAUCCAAUGCCAAUGACCAUGGCACAUCCAAUGACUUAUCCUGGCAUGGCAAGCUGGUAUAACUACGGAGCACAAAGUGCGCAAGCUGGUGGCAAGUACAAAAAGAAACGUAACCUAUUUACGAAACUGCAACUGAAUAUGCUUCACCGCAGGUUUGCCGAAAAAGAACAUAUACGACAACCAGAACGCGAUAAUUUUGCGCAAAUGAUAGGUCUCACAGGAGAGCAGGUCAAAAUCUGGUUCCAAAAUCAGCGUUAUAAGCGAAAACAUAGAGAUUAUGGAGUUAAAGACGUCAGCAUUACGGAGUCAUCCGGAGCAAACACUAGCGUUUCAUCACUCUCGUCACCUUCACCCGAUACGCAGCAGAAUGAUGCAAGCGUCACGAGCAAAGACGCAUCAUCUUCGUUACAAAUGAAAAUGCAAGCCACCUGCUCUGAAGCUUAUGAAAAUGGCUACCCACAUUUGUACUGGACUUCACAAACUCCUUACUAUUCCUCCAACUUUGCACCUCAAAGAUUUCAAAUCGCAGCAGAAGAGAAGCCUUCACUCUCAGUAUGCUCAGAAAAUGAUUCGAUGUGA